AUGGUAGAUCAACAAGAUGUGGGCAAUCACUCCAUUGGAGGAGAAAUUGGUCAGCUUGAUCUACAACGAGCUAAGCAGCAAGUUCCACAGCUUGAAAAUAUUUGCAGUAUUCCUAAUUAUGAUAAAGAUAAAGAGAGUCCCCAAAUUUCUCUUGUACUCCAAGAAUAUCGAUAUAUUCAGUCAUUCUUAGAUGAUCUGCACGACAGCUUAUCUCAAUAUUUAAGUCAUGAAAAAGGACAAUUCGAUCAAACUACCAACAGUGCUAACAAUAAAAAUUUUCCUCAAGGAGAUGGAAAAAGAGAUUCUAGCAGCAAUUUUAGGGACAAAUACAAUCAUAAAUCUACCGGACAUGAACGAAAAACUAAUAAAUCAUCAGCUAGAAGGGCUACAUUACGUUUAGUAACAGAUAAUCAACGUAUGAACAAUCAUCACAACGAAGCUAAAGGAACGACAAAGUUGAAUACCGAUACUACAAUUGAAUUAUCCAAUACACGGGAAUUUCCAACACUCGGUCAGAACAGCCUGAAAGAACAACCUGUUAAAUCUCCUAGAAGAAUAACACCAACGCGUAUUAAUACUACUACAAACCCAUGGUGUAUUGAUGAUAUGACGGAAAAAUUUAAUCAUAAAUCAAAUUCCUACAAUCCUGAAGAACUAGAUGAGCAAGAUUUUAACAGCGAAAGACGCCUUUUGAGACUAGAACGAGCAAAGAGAAGCACUACCAAGUCUAAAACUUACAAUAGUAGUCACACUCCAACAAAUGAUGACAUAAGCAACGCUAAAGGUCCGUUACAUGAUACCGGUGCUGCAAUUAAUACCACAAUAGUUCAAUCAACUACACGCCACUGCACACAAAUCAAUGAAGUAACAAAAACUCUAGCUGACAAGCAUACCAAUGAUGGAGUGCUACAAAUUUUAGCUAGUGUAUAUGCUGAAAUUAUUAAAGCAAACUUGGUGCCGAAUUUGACUGUGGAACUCUACUUUCUAUCGCAAGUUAUAACUAACAGUUCUCAAGAAAAUGUCCCUACUAACAAAAAUAUACCCAUUAAGCUUUUUAAUACCUCGACAAAGUGUGUUCAUUUUGUCAUCAUGGUUUUGGAUAAAAUAGUUGAUAUACUAAGAAAGUUAGAUGGCACUACUGUUCGUUACUUUAUCGAAAAUGAAAAGAUACGUGAAGUUUCCCUACCAUCACUGCACAAACUAUUCUUUGAGUUUGAUAGAAUGAAACAAGACACCCGAUCAUCUAUAGAUUACUUGGAGCCUCCGCUAACUAAUGUCCCAUUUCAAGUGGAGAAGGACAAUAGAAGUAAUUUUCCAAAUGAGCGCAGUUUCCACAGUUUCAAGCGUCAGCGAGAUAUGUUUUACGCGCUGAUACGUGAAUGGGAAGAAGCGCGUGGAAAGCCAGAUUGGGAUAUGACUCCUGCAAUUGGCAGCAAAAUCAAAUUAUUAGUACAAGAAAUGGAUGACAUAGUCAACUAUUCUCAUUUUGUUCAACUCUUCCUAUCUCAAUUAAUCCUGAUGAAUAAUUCCGAUUAUGAUUAUACCAAACAAUUUGAUAACGAAAGUGGUGAUAGCUUCCUAAAAAAUUUGCGCAAGAAAAGUCCAACAAAGUUCCGGAAACUCUAUGAAAGAUUUUUCAAACCAGCUAAUCUGGGUAGUCCAUGUCCUCCACCAAUGUUUACGCGAUCUGAAAAAUUUUUCCGUGAUUUUAUACUUACAGCUGACAGGUUCAAUCGACAUCUUACGGACGAGUUGUGUAAUAAAUUAUAUCAGAUCAAUGCAACGCAGUUUUAUUUCGUUGAAUCUUCGGAUGCUAAUAAUGACGAUAUUAAAAAGUUAGAUCAGGAAAAUAUGAAACUAUUUUCAAAGUGUAUUUUAACUCUCCGCGUUAUUGCUAAAUUUUUGGGAUUUUUGAUAUUUUAUCCAUACCACACUCAUUCUAAACUUCCUGAGGCAUUUAUUCAAACAUCAAUUGAUGCAAGAGACCAGUGUCGGCAAGACCCAGUAGAUAUUAUCAAAUGCUUCCAUCAAGCACGUGAACAACACCGAAAAGUACUAACCAUACCAUGGAUAAUCGAAUAUCUCAGUUGGAUGGAUCCAGUCGCCCCCAAAUUAGACCAGUAUGAAAGAAUUUUGAAACUGCUUGUCAAUGAAUAUAGGUUUACAUCUCAAAAGAAACAUAGCGAAAACUACUAUAGAAAUCACUUAUUUAUCUCCCUACUUCUUGGUUGGCUAUUUACUAAUAUUGAUUCACCACAACUGGAAUUACUUACAUUAAAUAAUCCCGACUUAGAUCAAAUCGAAUAUCCAGAUGAUAAUAUUUGUGGACCGGAUGACUUUGAAGUUAUUGAUGAACAGUUGUUAACCGCAUGUUGUCCAUACCUUGGAGAAAUUACAUCAAUCUUCAAGCGCCAUUCAGUUCCUACUACAGAAUUUAUAGAAAUCACAUUUGCUUACAUAGGAAUUCGAAAAAUUACGCUUUUAAGUAAGAUUCCAUCCUUAACUGAAGUUAGAGAAGGUCUAAUACAGCUUCAAUUAGAAGAACACUUCUUACGCUAUCAACCACCCUAUGUAAAGAGUACUGUUGAUUUUACUUCGGAUAGUGUGUUUAAUAACAUCGUUAUUAAACUCAAAAGUGAGCUUCUUCUCCCAUUUAUCGAAGACGCCUCCAAGAUUCUACAACAAUGGGUAAACUCGAAAGACUCUAGCGAUCCAGUUACGGAUCAGCUGCAGCUAAUGACUAUUGAAACGUUGGGAACUAUUUCAACUAGGGCCCGCACUGAGUUACACACGAUUUUAACGAGAAUUUGUCAUAAACAAGUUAAAGAGGCUAUACGUAUAUUACUACCUCAAAAUACAUCCCAACAGGUAGUUGAAUGUGCAAGUAGUAUUGCCUGUCGUGUGACAAGGGAAAAGCGGCAAAUGGAAAUGUUGCUUUUGUUGGCUAUUUUAAGUAAAACUUGCGACCCGUUGGAAAAUUUACUCUGGCUAACAGAGUUUAAGGAUUAUGACUGUCUCAUACCUAAUUAUUUAAUUGACAGUUGUAGUUGUUAUCUAACAUGGUAUAUGCGUACAUAUGUCAAAACCUGA